AACGUGAGUUGAGUCCCAGGACCGGACCAACCUCUCCGCUCCCUCUCGAGCCUUCCGUCCUUGGCUGGAGCUUAGCAAACCCUAGCGGGGCGAUUCUUUUCCCCCGAGGGUCACGAUGGAGCUCUAAAUUCAUUUCUUUUGGGAAAUAAUCCUUCCUUUUCUUCUUAUUCUUCCACUACCGAUGGGUUCACGGUUGCUCGCCUCCCCGCCCUCCCUCCUCGCGUCCGAGCCCCCGCGCAGACUCCCCAUCGUCGCCCCCCGGCCGCCGUCCCGCCUAUUUUUGCGCUGCCGUCACUUGACGUCGAGGAGAUCUCCUCCUCCGGUUUGUUCCGUCGGAUCCUCUUGGGCCGAUUCGGAUGAGAGCUUGAAUGACAGCGUUGGCGGCUGGUUCGUCCGCAAGCUCAGGAUCGAGGAGGAGGAGGAGAAUGUUGCUGCGCGGUCAAGACUCCACCUUGCUGGCAUUGUGGCUUCUGCAGCGAUCUUGUUGGCCGCGCUAGCAUAUUACCGUUCGGCCAAAAGAGAUUUCUGUCCACUCCUUACCAUACUCUCUCCCAUGUGCUUUGCUCUAAAAGAGCAGCAAGAUUCAAGCUCUUCCAGUUCAUCAUUGGCAAGCUUCAAGUUUUGCUUUACUGUUCCAUUUCACACUAUUUAUAAGAAUUUGAUGCCAGUGGGAUCUGAGAAGGAUCCAGAUAAUGAUAUUACAUCCACCAUAUUUGAAGUUGACCAAGUUUCAGAGAUCAACAUGGAUGAAGAGACUAAAUCAAAAGAGAACGAUUCAGCAGAUUCAGGGGCAAGAAAACAAAUCAUUGUUCCGGUUGCUGCUGAUACCACACAACAAGAAGCUGUAUCUGUUUUGAAAAAGCUGAAGAUCAUAGAAAAUGAUGUCAGUACUGAUGGAUUGUGUACCAGGAGAGAAUAUGCAAGAUGGUUUGUCAAAGCUAACUCUAUGUUAGAAAGGAACCCAAAGCACAAGAUACUUCCAAAGAUUUCAGCUGCUGGUCCAUUUGUUACAGCAUUUGAUGAUGUGAAUCUUGAUGAUCCUGAUUUUUGUUGCAUUCAGUCACUUGCAGAGGCUGGCAUAGUUCUUAGUAAGCUCUCUGCUCUGAAUUCAUCUAGCAUUUCAGACAAGGGUGCUUCUGGUGACUCGGAAAAGAUCUAUUUUUAUCCAGAAAGUUAUAUAUCGCGAUUCGAUCUGCUUAACUGGAAAGCUCUGUUAGAAUACCUAUUUUCUUCUGAAUUGGACGAGAAGAUGUUAAGGACCAAAGGGAACUUUUUGGAUCUGAGUGCGAGUAGAGGUGCAUCACCACAAUUAUUGUUGGACUUGAUGGCUUGUGAAAACAGCAUAACGAGAAGAGCUUUUGGAAACAUCAGACGCCUUCAACCACACAAGCCUGUAACCACAGCUCAAGCAGCGGUGGUGCUGACUAGUGGCAGAACGGCAGAUGCAAUCCAGCGGGAGCUCUCAAGACUUGGGGCUGAAAAUAUAUCAAGGUUACAAGAGGCGGAGGAAAUAAGAUGUGAGUUAGUUCAAAGAGGAGAUAUACAGAGGUUUUGGGAGGAGAAGUUGGCAAAAGAGCAAGAUAGGCACUUUGAGGUUGAAAAAGACCUUGAAGUUAUAUUUCUUGAUCUGGAAGAUGAGAAAGCAUCACUAGAUGGUAGGCUUGCUGAGUAUGCAAAAGAGAAAGCAGCACUGGACUGUCAACAACAUCUUCUCCAGUGUCUUAAGGAUGAAGUUGAAGGAAUGAAUGAUAAACUUGCAAGUGAAAGAGCCAACUUUAUAUCUGAGCAACAAAGUUUGGAAAGAUUUUCUGCUGAUUUAUGUGGCAAGAAGGACGGCAUAGUGGAAGCCAAAUCGAUACUGGAAGCUGAAAUAGAAGCUACCAGGAUUCUCAGGUCUUGGGUGGAGGAGGAAGCACUGCAAAUGCGAAAUCGAGCCGAUGUCCUAUCACAAGCUGUAUUGAGAUGGCAAUACACUGGUGUGUCUGGGCAGUCAGAGACAUUCUCAGUUGACAGCAACAGCUCUGAAAUUGUUCUAAAACCCAAUGGAGAACAGUCAGUAGCAUAGCUCUGAAAUUUUUGGUUGUAUUCUUUCUGCCUUUGUUGAUAAUAUCCCUGAAUAACAGGAGAUUUUCUUCUUUAUAUAUGACAAGCUGGUUUGCAGCCUGUUAUUCUGCUA